AUGUCCGACACUGGUAGUGGACACGACGGAGGCGCCCAAAAGGACUAUUCACAAAAGAUGGACGGCGGAGGCGUGCUGGGUGGUGGCGGCAGCGGCGACUUCGACUCGGGCCAGCAGAGCCAGCAGACGGAGCAGGAGCUGGCUACGAAGAUGCUGCAGAUCCAGUCGAAGCGCUUCUACCUGGAUGUGAAGCAGAAUCGCCGCGGCCGGUUCAUCAAGGUGGCCGAGAUCGGUGCGGACGGGCGGCGCAGCCAGAUCUUUUUGGCCCUGUCGACCGCGGCCGAGUUCCGGGACCAUCUGUCGACUUUCAGCGACUAUUACGCGUCGCUCGGCCCGCCCAACCCGGACAAUGUGCCCGAGGACGGCAAGCUAAAGUCGGAGAUGAUGAUCAAGGACAACCGGCGGUACUAUCUGGACCUGAAGGAGAACGUGCGGGGCCGGUUUCUACGCGUUUCGCAGACGAUCACGCGUGGCGGCCCCCGUUCGCAGAUCGCCAUUCCGGCACAGGGUAUGAUCGAGUUCCGCGACGCGCUGACCGACCUGCUCGAGGAGUUCGGCACAAACGAUGGUGGUUACAAGGGCGAGCUGCCCGAGGGUCGCCAUAUGCGGGUCGAUAACAAAAAUUUCUACUUCGACAUCGGGCAGAAUAGCCGGGGAAUAUAUAUGCGGGUGUCGGAGGUGAAAAGCAACUUCCGCACCGCGAUCACGGUGCCGGAAAAGUGCUGGUCACGGUUCCGCGACAUCCUCACCGAUUACUGUGACAAAAUGAAGAAAACGUCCGAGUCAACUACUUCUUCAAUCACUGCCGAUAAUACUUUACAAAAGCAAACAUCAAAUAAUAUGUAAAAUUUUGAGUUAAUGAAGCGAAAACCAACAACAAAAUGAACAAACAAGCAAAGAUAAGCGAAGAACUAGUAGCAAGCAACCCCAACAAGCAAACAAGCAAAAGCAUAUACAGCAAGCCCAGAUUCAAACUAUAUGAAAAAGCAUAGCAGAAAGAUACAGUUCAGAGAUAGAAAAAGAAAGAGGGAGAGCGAGAGAGAGCGAGAAAUAUAAAAAAGAAGAAAACAAACAAACAAAUAAUAAUAAAGAUUAUACUAUUAAUAAACCGUAGACCCAAUAGAAAUGAGAGCAGACCAUGGAAAGUUGAAUGAAAUUCGAACGAAUGAGAUGCACCAUUACACAUCCGUUACAUUCACAAAGUGACGAAAAUGAGAGAGGGAAGCUGACGAAUAAAACAAAGCAACAACAAAAACAAACACAUAAUUUAAAAAAAAACAGUUGGGUAUAACUAGUGGCUGGGGAGCAAAUUCAGUUAAAAUCUAGGACAAACGAAUUGGUUGGUUUGUAGUUUGAAGCUAAAUUGAACAUGGUGGUGGUUGCAGGUAGUUUGAGGAAACGUUAAACGGCAGAAACAGUUAAUAGCAAAAUGCAUAUUAAGAGAAUGGUAACCCUUGUAGUGGAAAAGGCGAAUGAAACAAAAAGAUGAAGAUGCGCGUAGAACACGAUAGAAAUAUCGAUUUAGCAUGAAAAUGCAAGAUGUCAGAUAGGUAAAGAAAGAUAAGCUACACAUUUUCUCCCCAUUAUGUUUCGUUUUCUUGUUCUUAGGCUUUUGUUUUGUAAGAUUGUUUAUUUUUGCGUCUGUUACUUUAUUUAGUUUUUUUUAAUUUACUUAUGUCUCGUGUUAUUUACACGUGAGGCAGCGAAAAACUAGACCAGACCAGACAUAUUAAACAGCAAACGCGCGAUUGCAUGGAUAGUGGCUGUAUAUCGUCAUCGUCUCAUCGUUUGUGAAAGCUUUUCUUUUUCUACCUGUGUGGGCUGAAUUUGGAUUCUGUCCUUUAAUCUAACCAAGUCAAGAACGUCUCAGCUACAGUCUUUAGUAGAAAAUGUUGAGGGAGUUUCUCUGUAAAAAAACUUAUCGUGCAUAACCGAUAAUUAGAGUAAAAGAGUAAACCAUUUUAAAUUCACACAAGCUGAGCUACACAAACACACAAACGACACUGAGGAAAGAGAAAGGUUAUCAUCAUAAUUGAACGGGCGUUAACAAAUCUGCGAAACAAUACAAUCCGCCAUUCGCAAUGCAAAAGGAUCGAAUGAACCGAAUAAGAAAAAAGAAAAAAAAAACACUGAGAAAGCCACUACGGAUAAAAUACCCCGAACAUUAACAGGGGAGAGACUAAACAGAAAACUCAGAUAAAAUCUGAAUAUAUAUGGAUACGUUGACAGCAAGUGGAAAGAAAACUGUUCUAAAAAGUUAAAAUAAAUUGUUGUGUACUGCUAGUUUACGUUGUAUUUGUUUUUUUCCAUUAUUGGAUAUAUAUACGCUCGAAAUUAAAACACAACAAGAUACCACAGUAAAAAAGUAAAUGCAGUAAAUGGAAAUGAAAUUGGAAGGUAACUUUUGUACGACUAUUAGUAUCGUGUAGGACUCUUUUAACCUUAACAAUGGAACUUUUAGUUUUUUUGUAACAUUGAAGAUUUCUUUUUCUUCAGUUACAACAUGCUUUUUUUUCAAGUACUGCAAUGAUUUCAACCUUGGUGUAAUCUGCUAAUCAGAAGAAAAUUUAAGAAACAUUUUAACAUUCACUCUUGCUAACGUGUUAUACAAAUUUCAUUUAAGUUCGAUUAUUUAAUGAAAAGAAAACAUGACUGGGCGGUGGUUUGCUAAGAAAACGAUGGUUAAAGAAAAACUUAUACAGAAAAUGCAAAUUAUAACGAAGUCAAUAUAUAUAUUACUGUUAAAUGUUUCGUAAAGCAAAAGAUCAAUAGUGCAGUUAAAACGACGAUACAAAAAAAAAAACACAGAAGAGAAACUAUGAAAGGAAACCCCCUUUUUGUCAGAAUCGAAACAAUUGAUAAAAAGUGACGUUUAAGACGAAUCUAAAAUGCUGUAAAAAACAACUGUGUACAACAAGGCAUAGAAUAUAGGUUUAAAACUGAAAGUAUUUUUGCUUUUGUUAAAAUGUGUUUUAUGUUUACUCUUUUCAAUAUCUCGUUUUUAUAAAUACCUCUAUAAAAAGGUUCUACCAAUUGAAAGCAGUUUAUGCACAUCUAUUACAGAGUGUUAAACGAAAGAAGUAAUGUUUUGCAUAAUUUUUACUGUACUGUGUUCUACUGAGCCAUUCACCUUGGUUGAACAAUUCGCCAAGCCAAACAUUCGUUGUGUGUUCUUUGAAAACCUCGCGCAAAAGCGAUGUUGUAAAACAAGUUUUACAGUUGCAUGUAUUUGUGUGUACGAAAAAUGAAGAUCUAAGUACAAACUAUCAUUAAUGUAAGUGUAAUUAUGCGUUUAUUUGUUUCAAUUACGUUUCACUACGCAGCCUAAAGUUCAAACAUUAUACACUGUACCUACUGGCAACAUUCAACAACGCAUGCGUUCGGUUGCCUGCUCUUUCAUUGCUUUUUAACAAACUAAUUGGCACCAGUCGCAGUUAAAUUGAUAAAAUGUUAUGUUUGAAUCGUCCUGUCAAUAAAUAACACAACCAAGACCCAUUACAACAGCGAUUAGAACCUUUGAAGUCGAUAUGUAUAAAUAAAAGCGAACCAAGGUGAACAACUACCAACAAAACAUUGCAAUAAGAUUAUAAUGCAAUAACAUUGCAACGCAACUCAGAGUCGAAAUAUGCAAAAAAAAGAAAGAUGGAUCUAAAACCAAAUUGCUACAAUUAAGGAAGUCUUAAACUCUACCGACUUCUAUCUAUUAUGAAAUAUUGUGAAAUUUUAUAUUCUGUUGUUUCCUUUUAAGUCUAUUAUAGUGAAUAAACUAGAAGAGAAUACAUAGAAAUCAGCUUAAGACAUAGGGCGUGAGCAAAUCCUGUAAUCCAAGCAGCGGAACACUGUAUGUAAGGGGUGGAAAAUAAUUCGUCCGCGCAUUUAAAUAUUUGCCAGCUACAGAAAGAAGAAAAGAAGAAAACAAAGACGAAAAUAUAAGACGAAAACAAUGAGAAGAACUGGCAUUAUAGAGGCAAACAAAGAAAGGAAUAGAAACUAAGAAAGAAAAAGUAAUCAAAGAACAAAAAAAGAGAACAACAUUAUAUAAUUACAAUAAGAGAAACUACCAUAGGGUAAUUAUUCGAGGCAUUUAAUGCGCAAAACGAAAAAUAUGGUCAAUCGAAAAGAGCAGAUUAUGCUGAUAAGGGAAAUACGCAAACCUUCAAAAUGUUGGAAAAAACAUACUUUCGGUUGGAAAUUUUUAAACGAGCCUUUAAGCACACUAAAACACAAUGGUAUGAACGAAAACAAACACACACCACACACAUUCCCAAAGAACACACUCUCGAAUACAAUUAAUGGUUAAGAGCAAUAGUUCAUUUUUCCGAACCGAAACACUGCAGCUGCGUUGAAGAUAAAUAAGAUAGGAAAAUGCGCCGCACGAAAUAUCUACCAAGCCGCCACGAUAAAAUAGAAUCGUUUUUUCUCGAAUUUAUACGGCAACUACUACCACUUAUCGCAUAGUGCGAUUUUUAAGCGAUCACAUUUAAAAUGCAUGCAUCUCGAGGAUCCGGUAAAGCCGAUGGGUGCUCAUAGGCACGUUCGAUGUGCAUAAAGUUGUAAAAAAGAAAAAUGAAAAAUUAAAAGAUGAUUAACUUAUAAACAAACAAACAAACAUCAAGUACAUGACCUGACACUCAUGUACAAGUUUCCGGUGGAGCCAGUGUCCGUGUGUGUGUUUGUGGAUAUUCUCUUGAUUUCGUUUCUUAGUGCUCCCCCAUUAACUGUCCCAUAAUGUUAAAGAAUUUGAUGAUAUCGUUCCAAUCUAAGGAUGAACUACAGGCGGCGUGUACUGAGAAUGCUUGUAUACUAUUUUGCUUUCACCUCCAGAAACAACAUUCCGUUUCAAACGGACUUCAAAAUGUGAUCAUGCACUCAUGCAGAUGAAAGUGCACCUUUAAUUUUCGUCUAAAAACGAAGGCAAUGGAAAUGUACACCAACUUCAAGCAUGCGGGUUUCCAAACAUUGGAAUAUCAGCUAAUAUCUGAUCAGUAGAGUAUCCGUUUUGUUCCGAUUUCGUCCCGUUGUGUAACAGCGAGAGAGUUUCCCAGAAACUCCGCAUCCUACAUACAGUAGCUUUAAUUAAAAGAAGAAGAAAGUGGAUAUAUUAUUAGAAAAGCAUGGUCAUAGACGCAGUGAGAACAAUGAAACAGCGAAACACAACAAAAACAAACGUGAUCAAUCCUUGUGCAACAAGCACAAACUCUCUAGACCAUAAAUGUGAGACGUUGGAGGCGAUAUAGAAAUAGUGAACAAACAACUUGUAAGCUGAUGCUGAAGACAUUCGGAGAUCAAAUCUCCUUCCGCAAAAAAGCGUAUAUCGAGGCUAUCGAAUGUGUUACCGUUUAGAAUAAAGCAACUUCGAUCACACUGUGCAUGGCUUGCCCCAAAUCGAUCCAUUCGGCCAAUCGGCAUAUCGUCGAGGCGAAAAAAACACACAUACACAACACACACAACACACACAUACACAUACAUACACACUAUCUUGGGAAAUUCAAUGAGGGGACAUGCUGUAGUUUAUACGAUACGUAAACCUAGAACGACCAAACGUUGUGGCAAAACAUCAAACAAUGGGCAGUAACGGAUAGCCCACAAACGGUGGCGCAACAAAUGAAAAGGUAGAAGAAACUAUUGAAAGUAGAACUAACCAGAAAAGUGUAGAAGAAAAACUGUCCCGUACAACAAACAAAACGGAUAGGUGUAUUCACAACGCGAAAGCAAGCAGAAAGUGGCAAGUAUGUUAAGAAAUAAAGCAAGCGAAAGUUUAAGUCAAGAAGCUAAAAAGGAGUAGAUGAAAAAAAAGUAUAACCAAACGAGAAUAAGAAAAGAGAAAAGUAAAGAUAAAAAACUUAUAUGUAGCCAGAUUUUGUCCCGCAAACUGUAGCAGUGAAAAUGUAUGAAACAAUAUAUCUAUGGAAUGGA